CUGGCCUUUUGGGCGGAGCUCUUUGUUUGAUUUUGGUGUCAACCUGCUCUCCCGCGCACCCUGUGAAAGGCUGCUGGUUCGCGAGUUUCAUGGGCAGACGAAACGAGGAUUGAAUCUUUGCUAUUACACAUCAGAAUGGCUGAACACCCGUUGUGGGAACAAAUUGGCAGAGGUUUUGUGCAUCAUUAUUAUCAACAGUUUGAUGUAGACCGAACACAGCUUGGGACUCUGUAUAGUGACUGUUCCUGCUUAACAUGGGAAGGACAACCUUUCCAGGGGAAAGCUGCAAUAAUGGAGAAAAUAGCUAGCCUACCGUUUCAGAAAAUUCAGCAUAGUAUAACUGCAGAAGACCAUCAACCAGCACCAGAUAGCUGUGUUCUAAGUAUGGUUGUAGGGCAGCUAAAGGUGGAUGAUGAUCCAGUGAUGGGUUUUCAUCAGUUAUUCCUUCUGAAAAAUGAUAAUGAUAAGUGGAUCUGCACAAAUGACAUGUUCAGAUUGGCUUUACAUAACUUUUGCUAGGCUUGAUUUGCAACUGUAGUCAGAUUUCAAUAAACCAGUUGUCUUUCGUCUGAUACAGUGAAGCAGUGUAUUCACAUGGGCACUGUCGUGAUGCAGGACCAAUGUAAUGAACUGAAUUGCUUAAUGAAAUUGGUUGCAGUAUUUUGUCUACUAGAUUUUCAAUCUGUUCAGCAUUCAAAGGUCAAAUAGAUGAUCACAGUGUUAACUCAUCCAGUGAAUGAAAAUGACAAUGUUUGAAGUUAUCUGUAAAUGGUUUCUGUGAGUGUCAUUUUUUUCAUGAAAUAUUUGAAUCUUGGACUUUACUGGUUGGAUAUAUCAAAAUUUGUUCUCAGACGUGCUUCAUUUGAUUUUUGCAGAACGAA